AUGAAACCAUACAGGUCUGCACAAGAUCCAGGAGAAAGCGCCCGACAGACACCUGGUCCCUGCAGUCACGAAACGCCCAGGACGCCGCGGGGGCGGGAAACUCCGUGCCUCCACACUCCCACGGCCCGGCCCAGCCGCGCACAGGUGCACCGACCGCCCGCGCCCCCGCACCGCCCUCCCCGGCUCUACGACCCCAGCCUGAGGAAGCGGGGCGACGGUGGGGAAGGGGCCGAGGGGCGAGGACGGCCCACAGUCCGACCCCCGGAGGGCGCGCGUGGCGGGGUCGCCCGGAGAAAGGAUGCUCGGGGCGGGGCCGCGGUGGGGGAGGGGUCCCCUGCCCGGUUCACUCACCGCCUCGAUCUCCUCCCGGCCCGGGCUCCGCGGCGGUACCCGCUCCGGCUCUCAACCGCGCGUGUCUCCUCCCGAGGCUCAGCGUCCAGCCGGGACGCGCGGGGCUGUGGAGAAGUCGGCGCGAGCGGAGGGCGUGCAGCGAGCGGAGCUGAGACGGUGGGAAGGAUGGGACGGUCGCACUCACCGCUGCCGCCGCGGGGACACCACAGACACGGCCUCGGCCGGCUCCUCUCAGCCACGGAAGCUGCAGGCCCUCCUACCACACCCGCCUCCCGCCCCCCGCACCACGCCACGCCCGCUGGAGGAGUGACAGCAAUGCUGACCAAUCAGAGGCCUCAUGGAGGCCAGGAGCCCGGACUAAAAGGAGGGCGGGGACGAGAGGGCUACAAGGGAGGCGAGCGUGGCGGCGGGACUUCCUGUGACUGA